GGCGGAGGCGGCGGCGCCCGAGCCGGUCUCGGGAGGUGGCGGUGGCCGCCGAGAGGGGUGGCGGGGCCGAAGUGGGUGCCCCAGCCUCAGUCACGGUGUCCCCCCCCUCCCUCCCUGACUCCCCCUCCUUCCACUACGGCCGCGCCGCCCCAGACCCGGCGGCUACUUCGGCGGGCAGCGGACGGGGCGCGUCUCCUCCCGUUGCCGCCGGCCUGAUAAAUGAGGGACUUCGGGUUCGGGGUGUUGCAGAUCGCCCCGCUCCGAGGCAGCAGCCCCGCGUCCCUCUUCGGCGGCGGGACGUACCGUCCUUACGCCGCGGGGCCUUCCGCGGCCGCCGCCCCGCCGCCCUCCGCCACGCCCUUCGGCCCGCUCUCGCCGCCGCCGUUGCCUGUCACCGGGUUCUCGGAGGCCGCCUCCCCCUUCCCCGCGCCCCUCGGCGGCGGCCGCGCGGGCAGCUCGGCCGCCGCUUCCUCUUCCUCCCAGCUCCCGGCGCACCCGCAGGCCAUGCAGGAUGAGCUGCUGCUGGGGCUGACACCGCAGCCGGCGCGGCCGCUCUCGGGGGCGGCGGCCGCGGAGAAACUCCCCAACCACCACCCCGGCGGCGGCACGAACGCGGGUGUGACCCACCUCCUCCCCUCCCAGGACUUCAAACCGAGUCUGCACCUCCCCGCCUCCUCCUCCGCCUCCUCCUGCUGUGGCUGCCGCACCUCCUCCCCGCAGGACUUCAGUAAGCGGCAGCAGCAGCAGCUGAGCAGCCAGAAGAGGAAAGAGUUCAGCCCUCCCCGCCUUCCCCACCCUCCGGACUCGCAGCCGCCGCCGCCGCUCCACUGCCCCGGCCGGUUCAGCCCGCCGCCGCCGCCCGGCCCGCCCCUCCAGCCGGCGCCGCUCGCCCAGCGCCCGCAGCCGUUCAGCCUCCCGCACCCGCCGCACCUCCCGCCGCAGGACUUCGCCCCGCGGCAGCGCCCGGCGGACCUGCCCUCGCUCCCGCAGCUCCAGCCCUCGCCGCCCGCAGCCCCGCGGCGCCGCCACGGAGGCGCGGGCAGCCCUCGCAGGACCCCGGCCGCGGGCGAGGGCAGCGCUGCCGCCGAGCCCUCCAAUGCGGGCUUGGCCCCCUCGACGCCGCCCGUGAACCCUGCGCCGGGCUCCAUGGAGUCGCCCAACCACCCUCUGCUCAACAGCCCCGGCAGCCUCCUGCCCGGCGGGGCGCUGGGCGCGGGCGCCUUCAGCAGCCUGCAGAGUCCGGACCUUCCGCACCCGGGCGGCGGCGCGGGCGGGGGACCCCCCGGAGGCGGAGGGGGAGGCGGCUCCGCGUCGCCGCCGCCGCUGCCCGGCUUCGGCACCCCCUGGUCCGUGCAAACCGCGUCGCCGCCGCCCCAGCCGCAGCCGCCGCCGCCGCCGCCCCAGCCGCAGCCGCCGCCGCCCCAGCAGCCGCCGCCGCCGCAGCCGCCGCAGCCCGGCUCGUCCAGUGCCACCCCGGGGGGCGGCGGCGGCGGCGGCUCGCUCAGCGCCAUGCCGCCGCCCAGCCCCGAUGCGGAGAACGGCUUCUACCCCGGGCUGCCGUCGUCCAUGAACCCGCCCUUCUUCCCCAGCUUCUCGCCCGUGUCCCCGCACGGCUGCGCGGGGCUCAGCGUGCCGGCCGGCGGCGGGGGCGGCGGCUUCGGCGGCCCCUUCUCGGCGGCCACGGUGCCCCCGCCGCCCGCCCUGAACGUCCCCCAGCAGCCGCCCCCGCCCGCCGCGCCGCAGCCCAGCCGCCGGUCGCCCGUCAGCCCGCAGCUGCAGCAGCAGCACCCGGCGGCCGCCUUCCUGCAGCAGCGCAACUCCUACAACCACCACCAGCCUCUUCUGAAACAGUCUCCUUGGAGCAACCAUCAGAGCAGUGGCUGGGGCACCGGAAGUAUGUCCUGGGGAGCCAUGCAUGGCAGAGAUCAUCGUAGAACUGGAAACAUGGGGAUUCCAGGAACUAUGAAUCAGAUAUCUCCACUGAAAAAACCGUUCUCUGGUAAUGUCAUAGCACCACCGAAAUUUACUCGUUCUACUCCAUCACUGACGCCAAAAUCUUGGAUUGAAGAUAAUGUGUUCAGAACAGACAACAAUAGUAAUACACUCUUACCCUUGCAGGUAAGAAUGGUGAGAUCUAGUUUGCAGUUGCCAGCUUGGGGCUCAGAUUCACUCCAAGAUAGUUGGUGCACUGCAGCCGGAACAUCCAGAAUAGACCAGGAUCGAAGUAGAAUGUAUGACAGUUUGAAUAUGCACUCUUUGGAAAAUUCGCUUAUUGAUAUUAUGAGAGCAGAGCAUGAUCCUCUGAAGGGUCGAUUGAGCUAUCCACAUCCAGGAACUGACAAUCUGUUGAUGUUAAAUGCAAGGAGUUAUGGGAGAAGACGAGGUCGUUCUUCCCUCUUCCCAAUCGAUGAUGGCUUGCUGGAUGAUGGUCACAAUGAUCAAGUUGGGGUUUUAAACUCACCCACGUGUUACUCAGCUCAUCAAAAUGGAGAGCGAAUAGAACGCUUCUCUCGAAAAGUUUUUGUUGGUGGUCUCCCUCCAGAUAUUGAUGAAGAUGAAAUUACUGCUAGCUUCAGAAGAUUUGGGCCUCUGGUAGUAGAUUGGCCUCAUAAAGCAGAAAGCAAGUCCUAUUUUCCACCAAAAGGCUAUGCGUUCCUUCUCUUUCAAGAAGAGAGCUCAGUUCAGGCACUGAUUGACGCUUGCAUUGAAGAAGAUGGAAAACUCUAUCUGUGUGUUUCCAGUCCCACCAUCAAAGACAAACCAGUUCAGAUCCGUCCUUGGAAUUUAAGUGAUAGUGAUUUUGUGAUGGAUGGUUCUCAGCCUCUGGAUCCCCGGAAAACAAUUUUUGUUGGAGGUGUUCCUAGACCACUAAGAGCUGUGGAACUUGCUAUGAUCAUGGACCGGCUGUAUGGUGGAGUUUGUUAUGCAGGAAUUGACACAGAUCCUGAGCUAAAAUACCCAAAAGGUGCUGGUCGAGUUGCUUUCUCCAAUCAACAGAGCUACAUUGCUGCCAUCAGUGCUCGGUUUGUGCAGCUUCAGCAUGGUGAUAUUGAUAAACGUGUGGAGGUAAAGCCAUAUGUGCUAGAUGACCAGAUGUGUGAUGAAUGCCAGGGCGCACGCUGUGGUGGAAAAUUUGCUCCCUUUUUUUGUGCCAAUGUCACUUGCCUGCAGUAUUACUGUGAGUUUUGUUGGGCAAAUAUCCACUCUCGUGCAGGACGUGAGUUCCAUAAGCCAUUGGUAAAGGAAGGUGCUGACCGCCCACGUCAGAUCCACUUCCGCUGGAACUAGGAGUAGCAAACCUGCCUCUGUUGGACAAGGAGAGAAAGGCUGCAUGUGGCUUACUGUGUCUGAAGAUACUGACAUGCGGAAGAAAUAAGUGCAUUCUUCUGCUUUCACCCAACUCAAUACAUGCAUCUUUAUCAGCAGCCAAAACACUACAAGCCUCUUGUUUUUCACCAAAACCCUACAUCUCAGGCUUACUAAUUUUUGUGAUAUUUUCAUGUUAAAAUAAAAUGUUUUUUUGUAUUUUCUCCAAGUUAUUUUUAUAUGUAAAGUUAAAAUUAGAUAUGAGAAUGUUUUGCGUAGGGGCAAACAGUCUGCUGCUAUAUAGUGGGUGAAGCGUGCACUUAUUUCUAAACGUGGGUUUUUAACUUCAAGAUCUGCCCCAGUAAUUUACCAAAGGUAGCAAAAUAAUAGUGAAGAUGGAAUAUGUCUGCUACAAAUGCUUAUUUUUAUUGUUGCUAUUUUCAGUGUAUACAUAAACUAAAAUUAGGGUUGAUUUUUUUGCUCUCCAUUUUGACUUGCAAGAAAUAAUACCUCAAGAUAAUCUGAUUUAUUAGCUAUUUUUAAACAUUUUUAAUCACAAGCUGUAUUAGCUUUGCUGCUAUAUAGGUGUUAUGUGUAAAUGCCACCUAUUAAUACGGGAUUGAAAACGUUAGAGACACACUGCAUUGCAGAUAAAAUGCAGGCAGCACAAUAUGGCCUAAACUGCCAUAGUUUUAGAAUGUGAAAAAUCAAUGCAUGUUUACUUACCUGUAUACACCAUAUGCAUGCACUAGAAUUAUUAAUAACAAGAGGUGAGGUAUUGCAAAUGUUCAAAAACAGCUCUCUUGAAUCUAGGUAGCAUGAACAAAUUAUAAAAUUUGUUUAAAAAAAGCAAACUUGCAUGCAUUAUUGUGACUUCAAGUUUAAAAAAUUGCCCUACAUGUGUACAAUAUGCAUAUUAGUUUUAGAGAGUGCAGCCAUUUUGUGAUCUGGUCCCUAGUGGAACUCGAUUUUUAUGCAGACUGGAUAUAAUACUUGUAAUCUCUGUGCAAUUUUGUGAUGUGCGGUUCUAAUUCAUGUGCAGUGAUAUAGUAUAGAUACAAGAAAUGAAUAAAAGAGAAAUACUAGACUUUUAAAGAAAGUUGAUUUUAGCCCCUUUGAUAGUUCAUGGUUAAGACAUCCUUUAUAAACCAAAGAUGGCCAGCACACUGCUAACCAGUCACCAAAUGUACGACCCACAAGAAGCCCAUACUUAAACGAGCGAACUUGAUAGAAGAAUGCAAAACUUUGGUAAACCUAAGUAAAGUCAAAAUGGAGAUGGGGAAAUAUACAGAUGGCUAGUUGCAUAAAAUUCAAUUUUACCUUAAAGACAAUGGUGAAAUCUGGUUUGAACUUGCUUACAUGUUUGACCUAUGUAUUUUGGGGUCUUCUGUCUAAACUGGGGUCACUGUUGCAUGGAACAUUGUUAAUGGUUAGGAAUUGCUUUUUUUUUAAAUUUUGAUGAAGGAAUUUUGGUAAUGGCUUUGCUUGCAGUUUUGGGGAAGUGGCAUGGAAACAAGCGACAGUUAAUCAGUUUCUCUUGGUACUGAACACUAUUAGAAUAUCAGUAGGACUGUUUUUCUCUUUAGAGCAUUUUUAAUGUAACCAGCCCCUAUAUUUUAAAGUCAGAGUUACUCUGCAAUCUAAAGCACCAACAAUGGUAAAUGUUUUUUUUUAAAAUGCAGAACUAAGAUUCU